AUGGCUUCAGACACCGGGAUGAGGGAUGCCGAGGCGAUUGAGGAGGAUGAGCGUCAAUACGGCCACGGCGUGAUAACUGAGGAGGAGCUGAAUGCAAAAUACCCCAACCGACCCAGGAAUCAUUCGAAGACGCUACCUUUCCACGAGCUGUAUCUCGCUUUGUUCAACCUACUCAAUGAGUACAGGAAGAGGCCAGCCGGUCCGGUCACUGCACGUAAGAAGCAAGGUAAACAUGGGCCAGUCAACCUGUCGCCGCAUGAGCUUCGUCGCGACAUCAUCAACCGUUUCAUCUCGAGAUGGCGAAAAGAAGUCGGCAACGACAUCUACCCGGCCUUCCGGCUUAUCCUGCCUGAGAAAGACCGUGACCGAGGUAUGUACGGCUUGAAAGAGAAGACCAUCGGCAAAAUCCUGGUUAAGAUCUUGAGAAUCGACAAAGAUUCCGAAGACGGCUACAACCUGCUGAACUGGAAACUACCGGGCCAGAAUGUCAGGACAGCCAUGGCCGGUGACUUCGCCGGACGGUGUUUUGAAGUCAUUUUGAAGAGACCGAUCAGAAUCACCCCUGGGGACAUGACCAUUGCUGAAGUCAACGAGAUGCUUGACAAGCUGUCCAUCGUUUCCGUAGAAGAGGACCAGAGGUUAAUCUUUGAGGAAUUCUACCGCCGAAUGAACGCUGACGAACUGCUAUGGCUUAUCCGAAUGAUCCUCCGACAGAUGAAGAUAGGGGCUACAGAGAAAACGAUCUUUGACAUCUGGCAUCCAGAUGCAGAGAGUUUGUUCAAUGUCUCCUCAAGCUUGCGCCGAGUUUGCUGGGAACUGUACGAUCCGGCCAUCCGCCUCGAGGGCGACGAUCGUGGUAUCUCGCUCAUGCAAUGCUUUCAGCCGCAGCUGGCCGCCUUUCAGAUGCAUUCUUUCGAGAAGAUGGUCGGCAAGAUGAAGCAGACUGAAGACGACGACGCAUUCUGGAUCGAGGAGAAGCUGGAUGGCGAGCGCAUGCAGCUGCAUAUGGCUGAGGAUGACAGCAAACCCGGCCGGAAAUCCUUCGCUUUCUGGUCACGGAAAGCAAAGGAUUACACCUACUUGUAUGGCGGGACCUUCGAGGAUGAGAACAGCGCUUUAACCAGACACAUUAAAGAGGCGUUCGGAGAUGGCGUCCGUAAUAUCAUCCUGGAUGGCGAGAUGAUCACGUGGGACAUGGAGCAAGAUGCAAUGGUACCUUUCGGCACCUUGAAGACGGCCGCCCUAUCUGAACAGAGAAACCCAUUUUCUACUGGUCAACGACCUUUGUACCGGGUCUUCGAUUGUCUGUAUCUAAAUGAUGAAGCACUCACAAACUAUACACUACGUGACCGCCGCAGGGCACUGGAAGCAACAACGCACCCGGCUCACAGACGGCUCGAGAUACACACGUAUGUCGAGGCACAUAGCGCUGCUGAGAUUGAGCCGUUACUUCGUCAGGUCGUCUCCGAAGCAUCUGAGGGUCUCGUCAUUAAGAACCCUCGAUCACCAUAUCGACUCAACGAGCGCAACGACGACUGGAUCAAGGUCAAACCCGAGUACAUGACGGAGUUUGGGGAGGCUCUUGACUGCAUCGUGAUCGGUGGCUAUUACGGCUCCGGCCACAGAGGCGGCAAGCUAUCCAGCUUUCUCUGCGGUCUGCGAAUGGAUCAAAACCAGAUACAGCAAGGCGCCAACCCGAUGAAGUGCUUCUCUUUCUUCAAGGUUGGUGGCGGCAUGACUGCCGAUGAUUACGCUGCGAUCAGACAUCACACGGACGGCAAGUGGCAUGUCUGGGAUCCAAAGAAACCACCAUCUGAGUACAUCGAGCUCGCAGGAGGCGACAAGGUACAAAAGGAAAGACCGGACGUAUGGAUCAGACCAGACGAAUCAGUCGUGUUUUCAGUCAAAGCUGCUUCCGUCGCCACCACUGAAGACUACCGAAUGGGCUUAACCUUGCGCUUCCCUCGGUUUAAAAAACUUCGCACAGACAAGGACUGGAGAUCCGCACUCUCCGUCCAAGGCUUCGUGGACCUGAAGAACAACGCCGAGCAAGUGCAGAAAGAGAAAGAGUUCAAGGUUGACGACAGUAGACGCAAGCGGCAGCGGACCACCAAGAAGAAGGCGCUUACCGUUGUAGGCAGCGAGGAGGUCGUCCGGACGCCGUACGCUGGCCUUAUAACUAAGAUUUUUGAAGGACUUACAUUCUACAUUAUGACUGACUCGACAAUGCCUGAGAGAAAGUGCAAAGCGGAGCUGGAGCAGCUCGUCAAAGCCAAUGGCGGUAAGAUUGUCCAGAAAGACACAGGCGUCAACGGUCUCGUCUGCAUCGCCGAAAAGCGGCUGGUGCCUGUUGUAUCAAUGCAGAAGUCAGCCAAUCGCAGCAUUAUCCGUCCGUCCUGGCUCUUUGACUGCAUCAGGCAAAGUGAGGCGGACGUGGACCAGCCUAGUCUGCUACUUCCGUACGAACCGAAUCACAUGCUCUGGACGCUGCCGGAUGAACUCGGCCAGAUUGAGGCCAAUGUUGAUGAAUAUGGCGACAGCUUCGCGCAAGAUGUAACCGUGAAUGAGCUCAGACGUAUAUUCAAGGGCAUGUCCUCGAGCGGCAGAAACGGGUUUGACACGGCGGCUUUCCUAAACGAAACUGAAGACGGAGAGCUUGAGUUUGACCAGCUGCCAGGUUGGAUGUUCCACGGCCUUGUUAUCUAUCUCGAUAGAGCAGAUACGACCAACGAUAUGUUGGACGAAAGAAACGGCGAACGCGUGCAACCACACUCGGCGGACCUGAGUCUUCAGCUUGCUGGACAAAUUAUCACAUUUGCAGGAGGCAAGCUCUCUGAUGAUCUCCACGGCAAGCAUAUCACCCAUGUUGUGGUCGGCAGAGACCAUACCAGGGUGAAAGCCAUUCGACGAGGCCUACAGCGGCAUUCGCCUCUGCCACGCGUUGUCACGGUGGAUUGGGUGCAUGACAGCUGGAAGGAGAAGACCUUGCUGGAUGAAGAGCGGUACGCCGCGCCGCCAUAG